UUUACUUUCAGUUUUGGUUAUGCUGUGUGGUCGCCUGCUUGGAAUCGCGCCAUGUCUUUAUUCAAAAGUCACUUAACCUGCGCUAUUUGCUUCGAACGGUUCGACACACCGGUGAAGCUGCAAUGCGGACACACGUACUGCGAAAGGUGCAUCCAGCAGUACUUCUCUCAUGGACAAGAAGAGCGGGUAUGUCCGCAGUGCCGCAGUGUGUGCACUGUCCCGGCCAUCCCGGACUACGCGCUAAGGAGCCUGGUUACCGACUCGUCUUUAUUAGAGCAGGCGCCUCCAAUAACGGAAAUAAACCGAGAUAUCAGGAAAGCCUUAAACACAGGCUCAGGUGAAUCACUUGCAGUCUGUGUUACUGAACAGUUCUCUAUGAGCAGUGGAGUGUGUCAUAUCUUUCGAGAGGAAUUCAAUCAAGUAGAGGAGCUCAAAAAACAGGGAAAGAAAAUUGGAGAAGUAGCAGUACUAGAAAAUCAAGGACGGUUUCUCUAUUAUCUGGUCACAAGAAGUAGAUAUAAUUGGAAAGCUAAUUAUGAAGACCUGGAGAAGUGUCUUAUAAUGAUGAAGGAGCAUUGUCAACAACAUGGAGUCCGCAGCCUGUCAAUGCCCAGGCUGAGUUGUGGAAAGGAUGGACUGAAAUGGACAAUUGUUUCGUCGCUUAUCAAAAAUGUGUUUAACGGCACUGGAAUCAACAUUACCAUUUAUUACAUUGACACAUAAGACAAGUGCUUAAAUGAGAACUGCUGCUGAGAUGAGCCUUCUUCUGCAUAUCUUGAAACGGAGAGAUGGAACUCUUGUAAUAUUUAAAAAAUAUCUCUUUGAUCAGCAUUAAUCUAUAUUUUGCCACAGAAUGCUGUUUGUAUGGUAAGGAUUAUACAUACAUAAUAGUAAAAUCCUACAUCAGGUCAGGUAGAGGUCUCAGCUACUCAUAAAACAACGUGGGUGACUAAUUUUUGUGGGUUUGGGUACACUCCAAAAUGUAAGAAAAAUGGAUUUGGUCAAAAGCAGUAAAAUAAUACAGUAGCAGUAUAUUGUUUACUGCAACACUUUGUUUUUCUAUUUACUCUCUGACACUUGAAAGCCAAGUUUAAACCAUGCUAGAUCCAUGCAUGGGUUUUAGUAGCACCUACGGGGUGGAGAGGGAACAAAAUACCGUUGUUUAUAUUCUCCAAUAGGAAAGAUGUUUGGCCAAGCAGUUCCAGUCAUUAUAAAAAAAAUAAUACCAGCUGUUCCACUGUCAAAAUUUGCUACUGCACAAUAUUAAGUAAUUGAUAAUCAUCUGAAGUUGCUGUUAUUGUUGCUUGAAAAUUCAGUGUUGCAAAAACAUGCUGAUGAUGUAUAGUUUGGCAUCAUUGCAUUUAUCCUAAUGUUAUUUGUAAUUAACUUUCAUGCAUUUCAUAUUACUGUUACUGUACCAUUAUGAAUGAUGUCAUCUUAGCGUACACCUUUAACAUAGCCAUUAAAGUGAUGUGUGAUAACUACCAGCCAUAUAAUCAAUCAAAACAAAUGCAGAAUCUUACACUUAAAAUGAUUCAAUAAUAACUUGUUUUUGAAUCCUAAAUGGUGUAGAAAUGACUACCACAGGAAAAAGAAAGGAUUCAUUUGUAAAUAAAAUUUGUUAGAUUAUAGUGGGAGAGCAUGUAUGCAAAAGGAAAGAAUUGAAGCUUAAAGACAGGAGGAAAAUGUAAUUAAAGGAUAGAGAAAUGUUUAAGGUUCAGGAUUUUGAUCAGACUGUUUGCCUGUGCUGAGAGUUUCAAGCAUAUGGAAAAUUCUCUGGAGCAAGUGGAUGGGACAACAUUGCAACACGGGUGAAUGAAAACGAUGCAGAUUCAAGUUUAAAUAGUACAUCAGUGUGUCUCUGUGUUAUGAAGGAAAUGAUCGGUCAGUUACAGGUGAAGCAGUGUGAAUUGCAAGUGAAUCCAAAAAUGCCAAGCUGUGAAUACUGGAGAAACAAUGGAUUAUAAGAACAUCAGAACAUUAUUAAGAUUAAGAAAACCUCAGGUGAGGGGUUUAAACAGUAUGAAGUGAUUUGUAUUAAGGAAUUACUGUAGGGUUAUUUGAAUUUAAUUACUGUAUGACAUAUUACAGUAUACACUGUACAUUACAAGUUUGGUGUGACUGCUUAUGGUGUUGUAUAUGUACAGUAUAUGUUAAUAGUCUUCUUAAAGAUUCUUAGACAUAUCUGAGGUAAAGUUUAAGUUCAUUAUCAUGUCUAUUUUAUACAAUCAAAUUUUACUUUUUAUGUCUUCCAUAAACUAAAGACUAUAAUAAUGCCAAAGAUAGACAAAAAAAACUCAGGUAUAUGUUAAUAUAACAUUUACUGAAUUUUAUAAGCUGCCUCAGCUCCUAUUCCUAUUGCAGACUAAGAGAGGCGUGACAUUUUUAAGAAGCUGACGCAGAACAAAUGCAAUUGUUCAUGGGGUUUGGUGUGGCGCAAAUUUAAAAAUGUUGCCUAUGGUAAUCUCAUGUUAAAAUUUUAAGUUGAGUAUAUAUUUACAAGUGGUUAUUCUGAUACUCAUUCACUUAUACUCAUUCUUAAUAAUAAAUCUUUGCAAAUGAGGUUUUGUCAUGGUUUGAAUAAUGGAGACAAUCACAUUUUAUUUGCAA